CAGUGCAUCCUUGCAACCCAAGCGGUGUGCACAUCUGUAGUUAUGUCACAGGUCUGAAUACAGAAUAUUCUGAAUAAAUACUGGAGCUGCUGAGAGAGUACACAGAGUUACGCUUAGGAGGCAGCUUGUGUAAUGUCUGGCCCCUAGUUAAGGUAGUUAAGAAAUUUACUUUAAAUAUAACAACUCACCAUAAUCUGUUGUGUUUCUCCGAUUUAGGUCUGGGAGUAAGUGUGUGUGAUCGGCUGCGGUGUGCGUGUGAUCGCACCACAGCCGAAUGCAUGGCAGCAUCUCAUUUCAACCACUCGGUCACCUCGCAAUGUUCUGGUCCCCGACCCUCCUGCAUGGGCAGACCACACCCAGAUCCACAAUCCACCAAUGCUGACUCCAGCCAGGAGAGUUCAGAAACUAAAUCAGAUCUACAAACACAUUCACAGCCACUGCAACGUCCGCAAACACAUGGCAAACCUGGAAACACUAAGCAGCAAGAAAGGGAAAAUGCAGGAAAAACGGAAAGAGAGAAAGAAGAAGAAGAAGAUGAAGAGAAAGAAGAAGAAGAAGAGAAAGAAGACAAAGAAGAAGAAGAGAAAGACGAAGAAGAAGAAGAGAAAGAAGACAAAGAAGAAGAAGAGAAAGAAGACAAAGAAAAAGGAAAAGAUGAAGAGGAAGGAGGAGAAGAUGAAGAAAGCUAGAAAUAUGAGUCAAAAUCACAUCCCAAAGUAUCUAGUGCACCAAAUAAACAAUACUGAUGGAUGCUCACACAUCCUGUCAGAAAGUAAAAGACAAGACUACACUAUCCAUACCA